AUGAAGGUCUCCACACUCAUUUUUACCUACUACUAUUUUUGCCUCUAUCGAGUCCAUGCCGCGGUCAUCGACACCUUGCCGACCGAAGCCGUCUCUAAUGCCCCAAGUUCUACCUCCACCCUCCCUCCGAAUGCGAAUUCCAUCCCAACUUCUUCGGCGUCAUUAAUUUUUUCCGCUUCUGCUGGAAGUGCAUCCUUCAGCGCUAGCGCUACCAGCUCCUCUCAAUCUGCCCAACCUUCUUCCCCCCUCCUUGCUUCCGGCGUUGAUCAGGACGUUGCUACCCUACUUGAGCGUCGUCUAUCGAACAUAGUCGGAGACCUGACCAAUGCUGCGUCGAUUGGCACUUGGCUUUCUACGCAGAACGCGAAUGGCCAGUGGCCCGAUGUAGACUAUACGACGGGUUGCACUGCGCAGAGAGCGAACUGGCCGGCCAAGACUCAUCUCGACAGACUGUCUACGCUGGCUGGCGCUUGGCAUGGUGCUCUCGCUGGAGCGACACAAUAUGCUCAAGACCCAUCGGUUUUGGUUGCCGCCAAGUCCGCGAUGGACUACUGGUUCGCGAAUGAUAUGACAAAUGUCGCUUGCCUCGACCAAGGAGGCUCGGACGCUUGUCCCUGUGGUUCACCAGGCCUUUGGAAUACCAAUUGGUAUCCUGGUAUUAUCGGUAUCCCUAUGGUCGUCUCGGUCUCCUGUCUCCUGCUCAACUCGACUUUGACCGAGGCGGAGAAGAGCAAGUGUGUUGAUAUCACAGCUCGUGCAUAUCAGGCAUUUGUGGUCCCCGCUCAUGGAGUUGGCACUUUGACUGGCGCAAAUUUGCUCGAUGUUGCGAAGAUUGGCGUUGAUCUGGGUCUGUUAACCACCAAUGUCAGUCUGAUUCAAGACGCAUAUUCGAGGGUCCACAACGAACUCGUUAUCAAACUUCCUACCCGUGCCGAUGGAAUUCGACCAGAUGGUAGCUUUUCUCAGCACAACGGAAUUCUCUACAAUGGCAAUUAUGGCAAAGACUAUACCAACGACGUUGUUGGUCUCGAAGUGGGAGCGGGAGGAACCAGUUUCCAAGCUACCCCUGCCUCUCAAACAGCUAUGGAAACACUUUUCAAUGGCCACAAAUGGAUGAUAUACCGCAAUGUCGUCACUGGUAUCCUUCAUUGGGACUUCUCUGCCCUUGGCCGUUUUAUCGCAUUCCCUGCAACGGAUGUUACUCAAGCGACAGCCAGUAUUCUUCUCAAUCUUACCAAGAUCGGGGAGCUUGGAGAAUCAUGGGGCUCAGAGCCGAUCACUGAAUUCUCUAGCUCGUUGCUUCAAGGCUCGUCCAGCGCCAACGCAGGUGACCUCAUAGGCAAUAAGAUGUUCUUCGACAACGACUACAUGGUCCACCGUAGCUCCAAUUAUGUGACAAGCGUUAAAAUGGUCUCAUCACGAGGUGUAAAUACUGAGUGCACCAACUCCGCCAAUCCUUUUGGCUUCCAUCUCUCCACUGGUGCUCUGCGGACUUAUCUGCGAGGCGACGAGUAUGAGAGUAUCGCGGCUGCCAUGGACUGGAACCUCAUACCGGGAAUAACGACAGAUUAUGGGGCAACACCACUCAACUGCGGCCAGACGGGCUCGACUGGUGUCGAAGCUUUCGUUGGUGGUGUAUCUGAUGGCCAAAUCGGAGUCGCUGCCAUGCGUUACACAAACCCUCUGACCAAGGCGCUCAAAUUCCAGAAGGCCUACUUCUUCCUCGACAACGACGUCCAGCUUGUGAUGAUAUCCAACAUAACAUCUACCACGACUGCGUCUGUUAUCUCUGUCCUGGACCAAAAACGUCGCAACGGCGAUGUUAUUGUUAAUAGCGACACUAGAGUUCCGACUUCCCAGACUCCAUUCUCACAAGCUGGAGGAAACACCCAGACUUUAUGGCAUGACAACGUUGGAUAUAACUUCGCAGCUUCCCCUGCGAGCGCAUUUUCGCUGUCCGUGCAACUCGGCGAGAAAACCGGAAGCUGGAAUACCAUCGGGACGUCUCCUGCGCCUCCAGUCACCGUCGACCUCUUCUCGGCCUGGCUUGUGCACAGUGCUCUGAACGUUUCCCUUGCUUACACCAUCUAUCCUGGUGUCGACUUUUCGACCUUCACCAGCAAGGUCAAGCAAAAUACUCCCCGUGUUAUACAAAAUGAUGGAUCGAUUUCUGCCGCCGUCGACCCGGGUAGCUUCAGUGCUAUGGCCGUGUUUUGGACUGCAGGUGGAGGCAAGGUCAACUUCGCGCCAGGGUCCCCUGCUGCUUUCACAAUCGCCGCCAGCGGAACUGCCGCUGUCAUCUUCAGUCUGAAGACUGGAGUGGUUACGGUCUCUGAUCCGACACAAACACUAGGAACAGUCUCCGUGACCUUGGCGAUAGGGGCAGAACAUUUACCAGCUGGCUCGGCGAGUAUCGCAAAAACGCUAACGUUCACUUUACCGGACUCUUCACGUGGCCUGGCGGGAAGUAGCGUGUCCCAAAAUAUCUUCUAG